GAUAAAGUCACACACUUAGAAACUUUUGUUCAAAAUUUACAAAAUCUUGGAUUUGAAAUGGAGGAAUAUGAACAUUCUUUAUCCUCUGAAAUUCGAUUCAUUUUAUUGCAAAUAGAUGACUCAGAUCUACUAACUUUUGCAGAAUUAUAUAAAAUAGGUUUGGUAAUGAAUAGUGUGUUGUAUAAGUUUAGAGACCAUUCCCAUUUCCUUCGACAAUCUUUCCUUACCGAGCCUGACAUGUAUGAUGAUUUAUUUCUUAGAGCAGAGGAGACAUUUAAAGGAGAAAAACCGGUAGGUUUAACAUCAUCUGAAAGAAUAUUCUUGGUAUGGGAGAUAUUCAAACGAAACCGCUAUGGAAGAUUUGGGCAAAUGUGGGGAAUAGAAAAUUUGCUAAAAGAGAAAGCUAUAACCGCUGUCUAUCCGCUGCAUGAUGGAAAGUAUGAAUGGACAGAGGAAGGGCAAUUAAACGAUAGACAGUUGCUUUACGAAUUUUGGGCAAGACCAAAAAGAUUCAGUAAUGACUUACCAAUGAAUGUAAUAGAAAAAUACCUCGGAACGGAGUACGCUUUUUAUUAUAGAUGGCUGGGACUCUACACAUUGAUGCUUAUCAUUCCAAGUUUUUGUAGUAUAAUUGUUAUUGUAUACGGAGUGGCCACUUUAGGCUCACAAGAAAAUACCAAAAGCCAUGAGAUUUGCUCAAGUACUGAAUUACUGUGUCCGAGAUGUGUAAGAUGUAAGUUCUAUUACAUAAAAGAAGACUGCACCGUAUCAAAUGUCACUUACGUAUUGAAUAAUACGGCUACCGCCGUUUUUGCUGUGAUAAUUUCGCUGUGGUCCACUAUCGUUACAGAAAUGUGGAAAAGACAAGAAGUCACCAACCAAAUGAAAUGGAACGUAGGCCAGUGCAACUCUGAUGUAUACAUAAGAGAAGAGUUUAGAAAAAGAGCACGUUAUAAGGAAAUUUCUGAAGAUACUUACGACACCAUUAUUCCAUGUUCCUAUAAGUGUUUAAGGGGUACAAUAAUAAUAACUUUAAUGAUAGGAAUGUCAUUAGCUAUAUUUGCAACAACUAUGUUAUGUAGAACACUUCGAAUGGUGACCAGUAUACUUGCCAUGGAUAAAUCCACAGCAUAUGAAGUAAAUAGAAUGUGGAGAUAUAUGCCCCAAUUCGCUAAUAACGUUAUAGUAGUCUUGUGUCAGAUUAUAUUUCAAAAAAUUUAUUAUAAGAUGGCUUUACAACUAACGUACUUCGAAAAUCCAAGAACCGAAAUUGAUUUUGAUGAAUCGUACCUUCUGAAAUGCUACUUCUUGGACUUUUUAAAUUACUUUUUUGCUUUGUUGUACCUCGGAUUCAUAAAGGGACGUCCUUACUCACAUCCGGGGCACCCGGUACACACCUUAGCUAUGGACGUGAUACAAGAAACAUGCUUACACGACGGGUGCACUCCGGAUAUGGCCGUGAUGCACUUUACCAUCUGGUUCACUCGGAGUUUUAUCAGAAUAAUCGAGUACAAUUUGAUACCCUACCUUAAGGUCAAAAUGAAGAAGAAAGUCUUCAAGGCAAGCAACGACGGUGAACAAUGGGAGCAGGACUAUUUACUAGAAGAGGCUCCCCAAUUUAUGGUAGCUCACAGUGUAUUAGACAGUGUUAUGGAAUACGGAUUUGUCACCUUUUUUAUAUCCGCAUUCCCCUUGGCGCCAUUGUGUGCGUUUAUUAAAAAUAUUAUAUACCUUCGAUUAGAUGCACACAAAACAAUGGUUCUGUACAGAAGACCACAUUCCAGAAAAGUAUCUAAAUUAAUGUCGUUCUCGAAAUUAUUGCAAAUCACUACAUAUUUUGGAAUAAUAACUAAUGCAGCAAUGAUCUCCUUUAAUAGUGAUAUUUUACCAUUAGAAUUAUAUAGAGGAUAUAAAAAUAGAAAUCUUAGUGGAUUUAGUACUUUUACUAUGUCUCGCUUUGAAACCGCCAAAGUAUAUACUUAUUACGAUUAUACAAAUAACGUGAGAGAAAAAUUCUGCUAUUAUAAUGGAAUGAGAGAAGAACUGUAUCCAUUCAGUCUCACUUUGGAUAGGUGGUGGUUACUAGCUGUAAGAUUUGCAGCAUUGCUCACUAUACAACAUUUUGUAUUCUUAGUACAAGGAAUAUUGUCCUACAUGAUACCUGAUGUUCCUUAUUCAGUCAAGGAAGAAAUUGCCCACCAACAAAAGAAUAGGCGUGAACAAAGCAUGAAAGACAUUGAGAAAAUUUUUAUCAGCAAAAGAAGACAAGUCAUUACCAAAUCGGAACGUUUUGUUCUCAUAAAGUAAUAAAACAUGAUAGGAGUUAUUUAA